UCAUUCGAUCUUUUGCCUUGCUGAUACAACAUAUUGCAAUGAGCCAAAGACAGAGUUCUGCAGUUUCGUCAUUAGCAAAUACACGCAGAACUCAAAACCCAAUUCCUACAAAAUCACAACAACAAGAAAAGGAAGGCCCACAGUUCGAUCUGCUAGCCUCACCCAAGAACGUUUAUAUCUUCUGCUUGGCCUUUCGAAUAGUAAAUGCUCUGUUGGUUCAGACCUAUUUCAACCCAGAUGAGCAUUGGCAAGCUCUUGAAGUUGCUCACCGCAUCACUUUUGGGUUUGGCCAUUUGACGUGGGAGUGGAAGAAGGGGAUUCGGAGCUACUUGCAUCCUUUGCUCUUUGCUUUCCUUUACAAAGUGCUUGCCUUGUUAGGUCUUGAUACUCCGUGGUUCAUGGUCAAGGCUCCUCGGCUAUUCCAGUCCCUAUUCUCUGCAUUUGGUGAUUUAUACCUGUACAAACUCUCUGUCAUCCUCUUUGGCGACCAGGUUGCAAAAUGGGCUCUUUUUUCCCAAUUGACAAAUUGGUUUAUGUUUUUCUGUCUCACUCGUACAUUAUCGAAUAGUCUGGAGACUGUUCUUACCAUUGUGAGCUUGUACUACUGGCCCUGUAUCAGGCCUUCUUCCAGCAAACUUCCGUUGGAAUCUAGAAAGUGGGGUCUGCUUAUUGCUGCAUUAGCUUGUGCUAUUCGACCAACAAGUGCCAUCAUAUGGCUUUAUGUUGGGCUCCUUGAGCUAUUUGUGUCACGCGAUAAACUCAGAUUCAUAUUUUUGGAGGUGGCUCCUAUUGGGGUCUUGGUGCUUGGGCUUACAUUUUUAAUAGAUCGAUUGAUGUACGGCUCAUGGGUCUUUGUACCUCUUAAUUUCCUAAGAUUCAAUUUUCUUUCCUCUGGUGGAGAUUAUUAUGGAACUCACAAGUGGCACUGGUACUUCACUCAGGGAUUUUCUGUCAUGGUAUUUUCUUUUUUACCAUUUUCUAUAGCUGGCAUCAUGCAGUCGAAACAAUGGAAGCUUUCUGGCCUUAUUGCAUGGGUUCUGGUUCUUUAUAGUGUACUAGGCCACAAAGAAUUCAGGUUUGUUUUGCCUGUGCUUCCUAUAGCUUUGAUAUUCUCUGGAUACUCUUUAACUGCAUUAAAAACAUCAGUUUCUGGAAAUGGUCAAAGGAACAAAUCGGCAUAUUACCAUAAUAAAUUCUCUGCAAAAAUGCUGUUGGCCAUCUUUUUCUUGCUCGCUACCAAUAUUCCAAUGGCCUUGUAUAUGAGUUUGGUUCAUCAGAGAGGAACUGAAGCUGUUACUUACUAUCUGUCCAAUGAAGUGGUCGAGGGAAAAGCAACAGACAUACUUUUUCUAAUGCCUUGCCACGCCACACCUUACUACUCUACUGUGCACCAAAACCUUCCAAUGCGAUUUCUAGACUGCACAUCGAGGUUUGGAAUUUGA